GCAUUAAAGGAAACAAGUAAACUCAAAAAGCAAUACCAAAUCUAACAAAGACACAUUCACUUCCUCUUCUUUUGUUUGAUUUUGGUCACUUUCCCUUUCCGUAGCACAAAAGAUGUUUGCCAUUGCCUUAAAGCAUAUCAAUUAAUGUUUAAAAACCCACAUAACAUUGCAAACAAUACAACAUUAACUAUGGAACGUGCAGAGGAGGAAUUAGAGAAAAGAAGCAAGUUUCUCAAAAGCUUGAUAAAGAACAAGAAAACCAUUGAACAACAAGAACAGCAUCAACAUUUCAACAAUAAUAAUGUAAAGAUUAGAGCUUGCGACAUGCCUCUCACUUUGCAGAACCAUGCUUUUCGUUGUGCACGUCAUCUUUUGGAUUCUAUGCCACCAAAGAAACUUCACACUAAACGUCUUGCUCUCACCCUUAAGAAGGAAUUUGACUCUACCUAUGGUCCAGCUUGGCAUUGCAUUGUAGGUACUAGCUUUGGUUCUUAUGUCACUCAUUCUGUUGGUGGUUUCUUGUAUUUUUCCAUUGACAAAGUUCACAUCCUUCUCUUCAAGACAACUGUUGAACCAUUAGACCAUUCAUAAUUUCCAAAUGUUUGAGCUUAUAUUUUAUGCACAUUGAUGCAAUUUGUUGUAACAAGCAACAUGGUAUUCUUCACUUCAGCUCAGAAGAUAAAUUUUAUAAAUAAAAAAAAGUCUAAAAAUGCUUGUUGAUAGUUGCAUUAUUGGUACACAAAUUGUUGCUUUACAGCAUUGUGAAAGAUUACAUAAAGAAAAUUAUAAAGUUGGAGUGCUAUUGAAUAUCCAUCACUCCCUUUCCUC